UGGAGACCAGGAGUCAGCGGAGGCUCGGGCGAUACCGAGACUGUAAAAGCAGCUCUUCAUUUUGAAGCGGUUUUGCACCUAGGUUUGCCUAAGUCUUUGGUGCAUCUAUAAUCACCGACGGGCGGGAGGAGAAGUGGUGGCGGCGGUGGCGGCGGGGACGGCGCUGGUGCUGUCAGUUAGGCCGUCGGAGCAAUGGGAGACCCGGGGCCGGAGAUAAUAGAAUCUGUCCCUCCAGCUGGGCCUGAGGCAUCUGAAUCAACAACGGAUGAAAACGAAGAUGACAUUCAGUUUGUUAGUGAACGACCAUCGAGACCUGUUCUUGAAUACAUCGAUCUGGUUUGUGGUGAUGAUGAAGAAUCUAGCCCCUAUCAUAGUGAUAUUCUGUUCCCUAACAUGUCAAAGGGACAGAGUGAGUUUUUGCAUUUUUUAAAUGUGAAGAAGGUGAAAACAGAAACAGGAAGUAAUAAUAGGAACAAAAAUCAUUGUGGAUUGUCUAAAUGAAAGAAAUCAAAUUUUGAAUAUGUUGAAGAAUCAAUCAUUGAAGAAAAAUCAUCAUGUUCAAUAAAGGAAGAAAUAGAUAAUCUUGUGCUUCCAGAUUGUUGGAAUGAAAAACAAGCAUUUAUGUUUACAAAACAGUACAAAUGGCUUGAAAUAAAAGAAGGUAAAUUAGGAUGUAAGGAUUGUUCAACAGUUCGACAUUUGGGAUCAAAAGCAGAAAAGCAUGUCCAUGUGUCUAAGGAAUGGAUUGCAUAUUUAGACCCCAAUGGUAGUAAUAAAACAACAAGGCAAGCUUCUCUGCAGAAAAAAAUUAGGGAACAUGUUUCUAAAGCCCCUGGUAAAAUUCAAGAUUUGUUAAAGGAAUCCAUUAAUGAUUCAAUUUCUAAUUUAGUACAUAUAGAAAAUAAUAAAAAUAUUUAUACAACCAUAAAAGUUUUUAAUACUGUUUACAGUUUAGUAAAACAUAAUAGACCUUUAUCUGAUAUUGAGGGGGCAAUAGAAUUACAGGAAAAAAGCAGAGAAGUCAAUUAUUUAAAUACACGCUAUAGUGCAACAAGAAUAGCAGAACAUAUUGCAAAAGAAAUGAAGAUGAAGAUAUUUAAGAAUAUUAUAGAAGGGAAUCUGAAAAUCUGUAUCAUAAUUGACGAGGCAUCUACAAUUUCAAAGAAAAGCACCCAAGUGAUUUAUCUGCAGUGUACAGUUCAGUCAGCACCUGCACCUGUUAUGUUAUUUGUUGCUUUAAAAGAAUUAGUGUCAACCACAGCAGAGUGUAUUGCCAAUACAUUGUUAACUGCUUUAAAUGAUUGUGGCUUUACAAAUGAAUAUUUGAAAGCUCAUUUAAUUGCAUUUUGUUCUGAUGGUGCUAAUCCAGUGCUGGGAAGAAAGUCUGGAGUAGCCACAAAGUUAGAAUAUUUUCCUGAAAUCAUCAUUUGGAAUUGUUUAAACCAUCGAUUGCAAUUGUCACUUGAUGAUUCAAUAUGUGAAAUAAAACAGAUAAAUCAUUUAAAAAUAUUUCUUGAUAAAAUGUAUUCUAUUUGUCAUCAACCUAAUAAAAAUCAAAGAUUUUAGGAACUGGGCGGCCGAAUUUUAGGAACUGUAGCUAAAGAACUUGAACUUGAAAUUAUAAAACUCGGUCGGGUAAUGGGACCAAGAUGGGCAGCAUGUAGUUUGCAAGCUGCUGUUGCUGUUUGGCAUGCAUAUCCUGAAUUAUAUAUACACUUUUCUCAUUCUUAUUCUGGUUUGGCAAAGAGAUUAGCUAACAUUAAUUUCUUACAAGACCUUGUUUUAAUGAUUGACGUUCUUGAAGAAUUUUCACUACUUUCAACUGCAUUACAGUCAGUAUCAACUAACAUUCAGAAAGCACAAAAAUUGAUCAAACGUACUGUAAGAGCUCUGGAAAAUUUAAAAAUUGGUACUGGAAAGUAUGAAUCUCAAAUUGAAGAUUUGAUUAAGUCAAAAGGGGUUAAAGAUAUCCCAUUUAAUAAAAAUAAAUUUAAUGCUCUUCAUAGGAAUCUGUUAUUAGACAAUAUAAUUCAGCUUAUGAACUUAUGCCUUUUAUCUGACAGAAACCAUGAUGAAAGCAUUUUUAAUUACUUUGAUUUGCUAGAACCUUCUACAUGGCCUUAUGAAGAAAUAACUUCACCAUGGACAGCUGGUGAAGAAAAAUUAUUUCACUUACGUGAACUUUUAAAACAUGAAAUUGAUUUGAAUGAUUUUUGGGACUUUGUAAAUAAUAAUAUUAAAUCAAACAAUGUUUCAAUUCCUAUAAGUAUCCAAAAAGCUAAAAAUAGCACUAUUGUAAUCGAUAAUGCUAAAGCUGAAAGAGGUUUCAGUUUAAUGAACAUAAUUUGUACAGGGGUAAGAAACAGUUAUAAUCACGUAUCAGAUUUAAUGACAAUAAAUUUAUUGGGGAAAGCAGAUUGGGAUGCAACUCCAUUUGUAAAAUCUUGGUCAAAUUGCAACCAUAGGUUGGCUACAGACACAAGAGUUGGGCAAAAAUCAACAAAAGCCUACUGUGAGAAUCAGUUGGCUAUCUGGAACUUACAAUAA